UCAAACAAUGACAGAUCUAAAUUAAAGAAGUAUUGCCCCUGGUGGGGGUCAACUUGGGAAUGGGCAUAAAGCUCUUCAGUGUCAAUUCUGAUGAAAACAAAGAACGGUCUGUAACGCCCAUUAAGAACAACUGCUCAUCGUGUUCUACAAGUUUAUGUCAGACAGAUUCAAAAUGCUCAAACGAAGAAGCACGGUGUUCUGAAAGUAAAAUUUGCAAAAAACCGAAAAUCACAAGAAACCCAUUUUUUAAUUACCUGAUCGAUGUUCGCAGUAAAUGUAAGCAUAUGACAGCUGCCGAAAUAGCCUGUAAAGGAGCUAAGGAAUGGAACAACAUGUCUCCGGAAUGUAAGCAAAAGUACUGCCAGAUGGCUCAGAAUGCCCCAAAGACUCCCAGAAAACGAAGACCACCUUCCAGAAGAUGUUGCAUGUGCAACCGAGUGUUGAGAAGUAAAUCAGCAUGUAAGAAGCAAAUUUCUCAAACUUGUCAAGUACCUUGUCCACCUCCAACCUUUAAAUGUACAAAACGUAAGCCGUACAGUGAAAUAUGCCCGAUGAAACAGAAAAGGUGUAAAUUUGAAAGCGGAUUCAACUCCAACAAUGAUAGCGGAAGUAAAAGCAGCAUCGGUUCUAAACAUUCUUUAAUUACGGAGAUAAAUUUUCGGAGUAAAGGAGUUAACGUUCGACAGACUGAUUUGAAAAGAACAGAAUCAAGAAACUCUAGUGAAUCUGGUACGUUAUCGAAUAAGUACCUACCUACAACCAGAUAUAUCAAGAAGCGACUCAAGCUACUGCUCCAUUAUGUAGGUUGUAUUGGAUAUGUCUGUUGUUCAGGUCAAUUGCUCAUGUUUUAUGCGUUUGCGGGUCCAUGACAAGAAGUCACUGUAUGUGCCAGUGGUAAAUGAGUUAUUCAAUGAAAAUUGCAACAAUUGUAUUAUUUUAACAACUUUGUAACGUAGAACUAGUGAAUGUUACUUUAUUAUUUAUCUAUAAAGAGGUCUUUAACUAAUAAUAAUGUUUUGUUUGCCAAUUGUUCAAAUGAAAUACUAUGUC